GUAUUGUUAGAUGUGUGUACGAUAUGUUGUGAGACUAAGUAUAUACUAGUCGUGUCUAAAACGUCUCCCUGUUCUUUUUCCGUGUUUUUUUUUUCUUCAAGAAAAAAAGCCGCUAUGCCUGGUGUCGUUUGUUAUUACUGCUAUGAGCAGGAACAUAUUGCCCGUAACUGUUGCAGAGCCGCCCUGAUGGAGGGCCUGAGGGCGAUGGGCCGAGCCCAUUUCCGUGCCGCCGCCACGAAAGGACGAAGGGGGGCCAAGGCAAAGAUGCGAAAGGACAAGAAGAAGGCCAAUGAGGAGGCUAAGAAGGAAGAGGAGAAAAAGGAAGAGAAGCCCAAGGAGGUCAAGGAGGCCAAGCCCGAGGAGCAGGGUACUGCUUAAGAUCUUAGUAGAUAGCAGUGUACGAAAAGAUGUCUGCUAUAGUUUCUAAAAAGUAGCAUCGAAUGUAAUUGCUAUAAGCAAUUUCC